GUCACUUCCUUUAUUGGCGCGUCGCUAGUUUGCGGAAGCAAGCGAAAGAAUAACAGUAAUGAGCAGCGGAGAUAGCAAUCCUGCAGCCACCCCCACCCCCUGUGAUGACAUACACGGUGAUGGACGAUGGAUAUCACUGCACAAUCGUUUUGUGUCAGACAGUAAAGGGAAAGAACCGGACGUGCUCUUUGUUGGAGACUCUCUUGUCCAACUAAUGCAUGAGUUUGAGGUGUGGAGAAAUCUGUUCUCUCCACUCCAUUCUCUGAAUUUUGGGAUUGGUGGUGAUGCAACACAGCAUGUCCUAUGGAGACUCACUAAUGGAGAACUGGACCAUAUCUGCCCCAAGGUGGUAGUGUUGUGGGUGGGCACUAAUAAUCAUGGCCACACCCCUGAGCAGAUCUGUGGAGGCAUCAUGGCCAUCGUUAACGUGAUCAACAAGCACCUUCCUCAAACUCACGUUCUUGUACUGGGUGUUUUGCCAAGAGGCAAGAGUCCGAACCCGCUGCGAGAGCGCAAUGCGCGGGUGAACACCCUGGUGCAGGCUGAGUUGGCAUCUCUCUCCUAUGCCUCACUUCUGGACGUGGAUCCUGGAUUCGUCCAAUCAGAUGGCUCAAUCUCCCACCAGGACCUAUACGACUAUCUCCACCUCACUGCACAGGCCUAUCAGAAAGUGUGCCAGCCGAUAUACACACGCAUUAAAGCUCUGUUAGAAACACACACACCCUGAGUGCAGAGAAGACAAAGAAGUCUUCAUACACUAUUGUAGACAUGUAUCCUACAUACAGACAUUAUCAACAGCAACAAAAAAACAUGCACUUACAUUAAUACUGUUACGGACCAACA